CUCCGCCAGCGCUGGAAGCUCCCCUUAGCCUGCUUGCCCUUAUUUAAUUUCGAGUGUGAUUUGGCUAUUUUUAGCAGCUGGAUCCCCUCCAAUCCGCAUUUGCGAGCAGCAGCAGCAGCAGCCGCCGGGAACGUGGAGCUGGUGGGGAGGGGAGGGGAGGGGAUUUAAUUCGCUUCACAACACAGCCACGCCGAGGGGGGGGAGAGAAAAAAAAGGCAAAACCCGAAAACAUCACCAAAACAUCAGCAAAAAGCCAAAGCACCCCCCAAAAAUAACCCAGGCGCUGCGAGAUCAAGCUGAUUGCUGCUGGAAGGACAAUGAGCGAAUCCAGCGCCAAAUCCAGCCAGCCCCUGGCCCCCAAGGGCGAGAAGGACGUGUCGGAGAAACGGGGCCGGGGGCGGCCCAGGAAGAAGCCGCAGCAGGAGCCCAGCGAGGCCCCAACCCCCAAGAGACCCCGUGGACGACCCAAGGGCAGUAAAAACAAAGCCACCCCAAAAGGCAGGAAAGCUGCAGUCACACCAGGAAGAAAACCUCGAGGCAGACCCAAAAAAUCACAGCAGGAUGAGGAGGAGGUGAACAUUUCCCAGGAGUCAUCGGAGGAGGAGCAGUGAGAGCUGCCAGGCGGCGCUACCUCAUCGCCCCACGGUGCCACGGCCGAGGGAGAGGGGACAAACCCCCUGCUCCCCCUGGCUUCUUCCUCCUCCCUCCUCCACUCCUUCCUCAACCUCAGACAAUGGCAGCACUGGAAAAUGGCCCAGCCUGGGUGGCCCCUGCAGCUCCCCUGGCUAUGGGGGGGUACCCAGCGCUGGGUUUUGGGGCAGCCCCACUGGCCAUGGGGGAGCCUGGCAGAGAGAUGGGGCUGGGAACCACCCCCCAGCUCACCUUUGCUGUCCCCACAGCCACCCAGUGCAGGGAUCUCACCCAGCCAGAGCAGGUGCUGCUUGACCCCUUCCAGCACCAGCCUGGGGCAUCUGCAGGGGAGAUGGGGCCAGUCAGUGAAGGCAAAUGCCCUCCCCCCAAAAUCCAUCAGCCCUUUGCUCUUGCUGCCCUGGGCAAACCCCUCUUGGAUCCUCCCCUCAGUCCCUGGGGUGCUGCACAGCUCCUGCAGCCAUGCCAGGAGCUGCCUGGGGGGGGUGGCCCUUUCCUCAUAGGUUCUGGUUUAUAGAUACUCUUUGGUUUUUAGUACUUUUUGUUUGUUUUCCUUCCAUUCACAACUACCUCUGGAUAUUUAAGUUCCACUCUCUGAACUCACAGACGUGCUGCUGCUGUGCCAGCUGCUGGGGCAUCCUUGGCUCCGUGGUUCAUUGCUUGGGGUCUU